AAGAAGAAGAAGCAGUAGAAGAAGUCGUCACAGUUUGGGAUUUCCGACACUAGCUGAAUAGCCCCAAAUAGAAUGACGUGAUGAGAACUAAUGGAAAAUGAGAACUCUCCCCUCGCUGUGGCCACCAGCCCUGGCCGAAGUGUGGUUUUCUUUGACUUGGAGACAACAGGACUUGGUCAGAGCUGUGAAAUCGUCCAGCUGGCUGCAGUAAGUGGGGGUCACUCUCUGAACCUCUACACUGUCCCACGAUGUCAGAUGCAGCGUGGAGCCGCCAAGGUCACAGGCUUCAGAGUCCGGAGGCACAGGCUCUACCACCAUCGKUGCCCUGUCCUGACCAACACCCUCAAAGAAGUCCUAGUCUCCUUCAUAGCCUUCUUGCGCAUGCUGGACUGCCCAACGGUCGUUGGUCACAAUAUCCGUCGCUUCGACUGCCCUGUGCUAGCUAGAGCGCUUGACGAGUUUGACCUUAAAGCUGAGUUCCAGUUAGCAGUUUCUGGUUGCUUGGACACGCUCCCGUUGGCGCGAGAGAUUCUGAAGGGACGUGGACUCCAGAGUUUUCGGCAGGAAAACCUUGUUCGGAUAGUSGUUGGCAUCUCCUACGAGGCGCAUGAUGCCUUGGAGGAUGUGAGGGCYCUGCAGAGGCUCUAUAGUGCCCUCAGGCCCACGCCAGAGCAGGUCCUCAGACAGAGCUUCACCCUGGACACCAUGGCAGAGCCAGCACCCAAGCAGCCCCCUGCAGCCAAGGCCAAGGGGUCCUGUAAGGCACCAGGUCAGUGGCCCCUGUGGAAGAACUUCAAACAGGCGGUGAAGGUCACAGAGGGUCCCAAAGGGGGCACCACAGGGCCAUAGUGAUGCAACUUUUAUAAUGGAUAAUGGUUGUAAAUUAAAAUAAAUGGGCAUUUUCACAUGUUGUGGAGAUUAUAAAUUACAGCUGCUCAGUUAAAUAAUCUAAGGUUCUGACUUUGUGAUGGAUUGUAAUGUAUUUGUGUAAUUGUUUUAAAUUCAAUAUGUUUUCAGAAAAUAAAGCUGUAAAUAUUUUGUUGUAA